AAUUUCGUAAAUGUUUGUCGUAACAAGAGUUAUAACGCAAAAGAAUCCGCGACCAUUUGGUGUAGUGUUGUAAUCGGUAAGGACAUGCCAACGGUGCGGUGAGAAUGCAUCGCAAAGAGGACCUCUUCACGACUCCCCAGGAGCGGCAGAAAAAAAAAUUACGCUUCCGUGGUGACCUAGCUGCGCACUAUGGUUUCGCACGGGAUUCCCUCAGUUCCGGGCUGAAUGGAGCAUCGGGUGGAAACAAUCGCAUCGAGGAACUGUCCUCCGAAGAUGACUCAAAACGACUCGACAGCGGAGACUCGGCCGACGACCGGAGCGAACGGGGAAGUCUGUACGAUUUCGUGCGCAUCGAACUCACGCGCGGCUAUGUGCUCGAGCACGACGAGGAACGCUAUUCGGCGCGGAGGGAGAAAAUUUACUCGUUUUUGAAAAUACCACGCGAACUGGAAAACUUUAUGCUGUAUGGCGUGCUGCAGUGUGCCGACUCGUUCCUUUACAUCUACACCUUUCUACCGAUCCGUUACUUGCUGGCGCUGUGGGCGCUCGUGACGCGGCCGCUCGCUCGGUGUCUUGGGCUUCGGAGACCCUCGCAGCGAUUGCUAGCACCGGCCGAGAUAUGCGACCUGUUGAAGGGCACGAUCUGGAUCAUCUGCAGUUACACUCUGCUGUACGUGGACACCAACAUGCUGUACCACAUGAUUAAGAGCCAGUCGAUCAUUAAGCUGUACAUUUUCUACAACAUGCUGGAGGUCGGCGAUCGGUUGCUGUCCGCGUUCGGGCAAGACACGAUCGAUGCGCUCUUCUGGACGGCCACCGAACCGAAACACAGCAAACGGCAACACCUCGGAACGAUACCGCACUUUCUGUUCGCGAUCGUAUACGUUACAAUGCACAGCGUGCUGGUAAUGUUUCAGGCGACCUCGCUCAACGUGGCGAUCAACUCGAACAACAAGGGUCUACUGACGAUCAUGAUGUCGAACAACUUUGUCGAGCUGAAGGGCAGCGUGUUUAAGAAGUUCGACAAGAACAACCUCUUCCAGCUAACGUGCAGCGACGUGCGGGAGCGAUUCCACCUGUCCGUGCUGAUGCUGAUCGUACUGAUACAGACGAUGAAGGAGUUUAGCUGGAAGUCGGAACAGUUCUUCGUGAUGUUUCCCGACUGUCUCUACGUGAUGUUUACCGAGUGUCUGGUGGACUGGAUCAAGCACGCGUUCAUCACGCGUUUCAACGAGAUACCGUGCGAUGUGUACCGGGAGUACACGACGAGUCUAGCGUACGACAUGACACAGACACGCCAGAAGCACGCUUUCAGCGAUCAUUCGGAUCUGGUCGCGCGGCGGAUGGGUUUCAUACCGUACCCGCUCGGCGUCGUGUUGGUGAAAGCUCUCUAUCAUGCACUGGUGUUCGAGAAUGCCGGCUCCGUUGUGAUUCUGCUCGUUGCGUUUUUCGCAUUACUGGCCGGGCGUGUCCUGAACACAAUCUAUACGCUCGGCAAGGCUUGCGAUCUUACGCAGAAGCAUCAGAACGAGAAGAAUCAAUCGGGUUGCCAUCCACUCACCUCGACACCGCUACCCCGGGGGGCCAGAGCAACAAGCGAUACGGCAACUUCACCGAUUCAUCACGCGCAGCAUCGUGCACCGUCAGCGAGCACCGAUCAACACUCUGGUCCGAUCGGUACGGUCGUAAACUCCCAACCCCUGCAACCGCCAACUUCCUUUACCAAGUCCCCCGGGCCGAUGGGCAGCUCGAAUAGCUCGGGUUCAACCGAUGUGCUGCGGAAAACUUCCAGCCUCGGGGCGACCGCCCUCUUCUCCAACAGUGACGUCGAUCUGGACGACGUGAAGCUAAACGAUCAGGUACUGAACGGUAGCACGGUGACGACCGACAAAAGUGAAGAGGAAAACGUUGCACGUAGUGUGCCGGAUUUGCAGCAAGAACCGGGCCUGGAGAAAACUCCCGGCCGACACCAUCACGGGGAAGCCAUUGGCAGCGAUGAUGGCGAAAGAACUCACCAUCAUCAUCACGCGCGAACGCACAAACGGUCCGAAUCGGAACCGUCCAUUCAGCUCGAGGGUGGAUAGACGGCGCCGGCCAGCAUACUUUGUAGCCAACUGUGUUUCAUUCGCUCAUCCUGCUUUGUUAGGGGCGAUCUCUGGCAAUAGGGCGAUGGUUAGUUCGCGUUUCGCUCGAGAGGCAGGCACCAAAGGCUGACAUUUUUUCGUUUUUCCUUAUUUUUUGCGUGACGAAGCUGAGUGGAUAAAGACGUAUGCAACGUAGAUUAAGGAAUUUUAUCUGUUUGUUUUCGAUACGCCGCGCGUUUGUGAUGUUAUUUUUGAGUUUGCGCACAUCAUUUCGAUCCCGUUAGUUUGUAGACGUUUGCGUAUGAGAAUAAAC